ACAAAAUUUUCCGUGUGUCCGUCUCUUGUUUCUUUCUGUUCGCUCUAAAUCGAAGGAAGAGAAAAAGGGUAUUGAAUUCCCUAGAAAUUAUAGAUUUUCUAAUAGGGCUUUGAUUCUCUGCUCCAUUCUCUUCUGGUGUUUUUGUUUUUCUCUGAUUGUUCCUGUGCUUCUUACUGUCCAUGAUUUCACGUGCACCCGCGCUUCAGAUUGUGUGGCUGAUUUUCAUGCUCUGAUCUGCGGAAUCGCAAUCCAUCCAUGGCUUCGGGGCAGAACCCGGUGGCGAAUGCCGAUCCCUUCGAUGUGUAUUUCCAGCGAGCCGAUUUGGACCACGAUGGACGGAUAAGUGGAAAUGAAGCUGUCGCUUUCUUCCAAGGCUCUGGUUUGUCUAAGCAGGUUCUUGCGCAGAUAUGGGCAUAUGCUGAUCAGAGACAGACCGGUUUCCUUGGUCGGGCAGAGUUUUACAAUGCCCUUAGACUUGUUACUGUGGCUCAAAGUAAGCGGCAACUCACACCUGAAAUGGUUAAAGCGGCAUUAUAUGGCCCGGCUGCAGCUAAAAUACCUCCUCCACAAAUAAAUCUUACAGCCACGCCUGCACCUCAACCCAAUUCGACUCCAGCAGCACCAACUGCUGCUCAGGGUACUGCUGUUGCUCCAAUGUCCCAAAAUCUUGGGAACAGAGGACUACAGCCAAAUGUGAAUAUGAACCAGCAACAUGUCAUGAAGCCUCCACUACCCACAUCUACUUCAGCUUCUCACUUGACACAUGGUCUUGCUAGUCAAGGAGUUCCCAGGGGAGGUACCAUGGGAGGGCCUCGGCCUCCAAACUCGAAUAUGUCAAAUGAUUGGGUGGGUGGAAGAACUGGUGGAGCUCCAACAGCAACUUCUUCACAAGUUCCAAACAAAGGUAUUAGUCCCUCCACGGGUAUAGAUGGGUUUGGGCUGGUAUCAUCGGGUCCAACAGCUUCAUUACCACCUAGACCACAGACAGCUUCUGGAUUGAAACCAUCAGGACCACCAGCUAAGGAUGCUAAAGCGCUGGAUGUUUCUGGUAAUGGGUUUGCUUCUAACUCAUUUUUUGGAGGUGAUGUGUUUUCUGCAACCCCUUCUCAACCAAAGCAAGAUGUCUCUUCUCAUGCAUUUUCUGCAAGCAGCAUGCCAGUCUCAUCAGCUAUUCCACAAUCUGCUGGGACCCCGUCUGUAAGACCAACUUCUGUUGAUUCUCUGCAGAGUUCAUUGAUGACACAAAUUUCUGGUGGUAAUUUGCAUCAAGGCCCACCACUUGUGAAACAAAACCAACAUGUUUCAUCUCAAACUACUUCUACAUCUGCUGCAACUGGAGCUUCAGUCAGAGCUGAUAACUCUGCUUCCGGUCAGUCCCAGGUGCCAUGGCCUAAGAUUUCACAGACUGAUGUUCAGAAGUACACCAAAGUAUUCGUGGAAGUAGACACAGACAGAGAUGGGAAAAUAACUGGUGAACAAGCACGCAACCUAUUUCUUAGUUGGAGAUUACCUAGAGAGGUUUUAAAGCAGGUGUGGGACUUAUCUGAUCAGGAUAACGAUAGUAUGCUAUCUCUCAAGGAGUUUUGUAUUGCUUUAUAUUUAAUGGAGCGAUAUAGGGAAAGACGUCCUCUUCCUGCAGCACUUCCAAGCAACAUCAUAUUUGAGUUGUCUAGUAUUUUACAAUCUACAACUAAUUAUGGCAGCACUGGCACUGCAGCAUGGAGACCUCCAUCUGGUUAUCAACAACAGCAAGGGAUCCCUGGUCCUGGUGCUCGUCACAUGGUGCCUCCAGGUGGACCGAGACCCCCGUUGCCAGUUCCUGCUCCUCAUGCUGAUGAAGGGCCCCAGACUGAUAAACCGAAGUCCAAAGUGCCAGUGUUGGAGAAACACCUCAUAGAUCAAUUGAGUACAGAGGAGCAGGAUUUGCUUAAUGCAAAGUUCAAAGAAGCUACGGAAGCUGAUAAGAAGGUAGAAGAACUGGAGAAAGAGAUUUUGGAUUCACAACAGAAAAUCGAGUUUUACCGCACAAAAAUGCAGGAACUUGUUCUAUACAAGAGUAGAUGCGACAAUCGCGUUAAUGAGAUAAUGGAAAGGAUAUCUGCAGAUAAACGCGAGGUUGAGUCCCUUUCGAGGAAAUACGAAGAGAAAUACAAACAAGGUGGAGAUGUGGCUUCCAAAUUGACUAUUGAAGAAGCUACAUUUCGUGACAUACAGGAGAAAAAAAUGGAGUUAUAUCAGGCAAUUGUCAAGAUGGAACAGAAUGGCGGUGCUGAUGGUGCUCUUCAGGUUAGUGUUGAUCGUAUCCAAUCAGAGCUAGAUGAGCUUGUGAAAUCUCUCAAUGAGCGUUGCAAGAAGUAUGGAUUACGUGGAAAACCUGUGACAUUGACUGAGCUUCCCUUUGGAUGGCAACCUGGUAUCCAAGUAGGAGCUGCUGACUGGGAUGAAGAUUGGGACAAGUUUGAAGAUGAAGGAUUCACUUUUGUCAAGGAGCUCACUCUUGAUGUUCAAAAUGUCAUAGCACCUCCAAAACAGAAAUCCAUGCUGCCUCAGAAUGAAGAAGCUCCCCCGGUUGGGAGUCCAACAACUGCUGCUUUGCCUAAUGCAGAUGUUAAAUCAGAUGAUCCGCAUAAAGUGGAUUCUUCUUCACCUAAUGCAGAUGUUAAAUCUGAUGAUGUGCAUAAAGCAGAUGAACGGGUGGUUGAAAAUGGAUCUGCGUAUAAUAAAAAUGAGGAGGACAAUGUAAAAAGUGCUCCUAACAGUCCAUUUGCUAGAAGUGCUAUUGCAAGUCCAUCUAAAGAAUUUGUGGAUUCAAACUUUGAAAAGAGUGUUGGUACAGAUGCCUCUCCUCGUAACAAGGAGACAAACAGUGAACGUGGGGAUACUGGUUCUUUGUUUGCUGGUGACAAGGGUUUUGAUGAACCAGCAUGGGAGGGAACAUUUGAUGCUAAUGAUGACAUUGAUUCUGUCUGGGGUUUUAACUCAGUUGGUCACAUGAAGGAUAUGGAUCACGAGGGAAAUAAUGACUACUUUGGUACUGGUGAGUUUGGCUUGAACCCUAUAAAAACUGGGUCAUCACAGGCAAGUGGCUAUUCCCAGAACAGCCGCCCCUUCAGUUUUGACGAUUCAGUUCCUAGCACACCGCAAUACAAUUUUAGCAAUUCUCCACCGAGAUACAAGGAUGGUUCAGAACCCUCUUUUGACAGUUUCUCUAGGUUUGAUUCUUUCAGCACACAUGAUGGUGGAGGAUUAUUCAAUCAAAAGGAGACGAUCUCGCGAUUUGAUUCAAUGCGCAGCAGUAGAGACUUUGAUCAAGGUCAUGGUUUCCCAUCAUUUGAUGACUCGGAUCCUUUUGGAUCAUCAGGGCCAUUUAAGUCGACACUGGAGAGUCAAACUCCAAGAAGUGGUUUUUAUAACUGGGGUGAAACCCCAAGAAGUUCUGAUAUUUGGAGUGAAACUCCGAGAGGAGGUUCAGAUAUUUGGGGUGAGACUCCGAAAGGUGGUUCUGAUUUAUGGAGUGAAACUCCGAAAAGAAGUUCUGAUAAUUGGGGUGAAACUCCAAAAAGAGGUUCUGAUAAUUGGAGUGCGUUCUAGUUGAGUAGUUUCUCUCUUCGUAUUUGCAAUUUCUUAUUCAAGAGCAGCAGCUGUUAGUGCGAUUCAUCGAUGAUGAUACGAUCAUGGGGCUGGUUUCUUCUUCCUUGUGUGCUGUAGUAUUGCAUUACCACCACUGGAUGUUUGUGAUGUAUUUUUGUAUUUAGCCUUGUGUAUGCUUCUCUUCUUCCUAUUCCUUUUGGUUUUCCAGCUUGCUGUGACGGGAAUUUCGUUUGGGAUUUUCCUUGUUCUAUUGACACAGAGCCCAGAUUUUUUUUCUUUUAAAUUUUUUGUUUCACAUUUGAUGAAAUAUAUUAUCGAUUGAAUGUUUUGCUUA